CCCUCCUGGGACGGCAGCAAUAUUUCCCGGUACACCAUGGGCGCACAACACCAGCCGUAUAUGUACUCGGCCGCGAGAUACGACGAGGAUAGUCGUUUUCCCUCGCGUCCUUUUGACCCAAAAGCAGUGACCCGUGCCAGUUACGACUAUAAGCCUCCAAAGCCCAAGCAAGAAGGACCCCUGGUCUCGUUCAAUCGCCAUCCAGAUUCACACGUGGUUCCUGAGACGAGGAAUCAGUUCAAGGCACUGGGCCCCAAGACGAAAUGGUGGAUCAAGUGGUUGAGGAUCGCCCAGCUCUGCAUCCGUGUGCUUCAGCUUGUUGCAGCAGCGGGGAUUCUCUUCCUCUUCAUCGUCAUUGACGAUGUCAGCGCCCUGACCGCCUGGGUCGAGAGAAUUACCGCUGGUGUGACCAUGAUCCACUGCAUCUAUGGCAUCUGGCAUCUGGCACGUCCCGCGGGUUCCAGGCCACCAGCCUCAUCUGCCAGCUACCAGAUGUUCUCAGCCAUCACCGAUCUCGCGGUGCUGCCUCUCUACACCUACGGCUGUCUGUCUGUCCGCAGCUCUAGUGACCACUGGGGCACGCUUCUCAAGAACGAGAGCCUGAUGAAUUACUUCCUGCCGGCGCUGUACUACUCCCUCUUUGGCGGUGCAAUCCUGCAUCUCAUCUCGUUGUGCAUUGGACUCUGGCUCGCCCUCAAGUUCAGGCAGAUCACUCGUCUGCCGCCAGACAUGAACCCACUCGAGGACAACCUCACCUCCCGGCACCAGAAGAAACUGUCUAUCGCCACGACUGCCACCUACCGCACAGAGCAUGACCGUCGCCUGUCGACGCCCCUCGAGGACCGCCGCCGCUCAGGGCUCCCCUACGAAGAUGUCGACCGUCCUCCGUCGGUCCCCUUCUACGCGACACGGUCCAGCCCGCGCAGCUCCACGGCAUCUAUUGAUCUGCCUCCUCGGCAAUACCAGGUCACGCCAACUCACUCGCCUAGGAACUCAGUCACUGCCGCAGACCUCAAGCGCAUGUCCGCUCCCCCUCCUGCAACGGCUGCAUCUGGCAACCCACCCACACCUCCACCACGCAGCCCAUGGCGCUCCUCGCGCGCAUCAUAUGCCGAGACAGGCUCAUCUCCACCACGCCCGCCCAAGUUCACCGAGUCCUGGUACAUGACCGAGUCCCUCUUCGGCCGCACGCACGAGCGCAACCGCGCCAUGAAGGCUAAGAGCGAGACACAAGUGCAGGGCUAUGAGGCCAUUCGCCGGCGCUAUGAGCUCUCCGACUCAGAGUCUGACUAUGAGGACGAGAACGAGACCGCCACCGCCUACUCCGUCAUGAACCCCGGCAAGGACGAGAUGGCCGACGAUGACGGCGACCUCGCCUCGCCGCGGAACCACCCCAAUCCCCUGCGAGCCAACCCGUCCCUGCCCAGCAUCGUGAGCACCGAGAACAAUAGCGACAUUGGCAAGCCCAAGCCCCGCAUGCGGCCCAAUACCCCCUUCACCCACAAGUCCGCCCUGAGCGAGAUUGACCUGAACGACAGACGCGUGAGCAACGGCGGCGCCGGAGCCGGAGCUGCAGGCGCUGAUGAUGACGUUGCCGAAAAGAAGCCGCGGAACUACGGCGGUCUCAAGGGGCGCAGCCCUACCAAGCGGUACACGUGGGCACCGCGGGACCGUGACAGCAGCAUCCAGCCCGAGAGCGACUUCUACGCCAAGCCCUAUGGCGAGCUCAAGAGUGCCACCCCGCCGGUCAUGGUCGGGAGUGACAGGCAGGUGUCCAGCGGGAACGACUUUGGCGACCUGGGCGCGGCGGGAGGCGCGGCAGCGGCUAAGAGGUAUUUCUCAUUCGGGAGGAGGAAUGUCAGUGGUAAGAUCGCAGAGGAGGGAAGAGGGUCUCCUGGUAUCGGUCGUGCUCGCUGAAAGAGAGAGAGAGAAAGCGGAGCGAUGCGCACGAGCCGAGGUGAGAUGAUUAGGGACAAUGUGGUUUGUUUCUUUCUGCAUUUUCCAUCUUUCUCGAUCUUCUUCGUCUCACAGCCCGGAUGGAUGAGCGGGCGGACGAGCUUUAUGGGUGAGGGGAUUCGGAAUAUACAUGAGUUCACGAGAUUUGAAUGUACAAACACAGGAAGUUUGGGUGGAUGGGAAUACCUUGGGAUGGGACUUGGUUCGGCGGCAAUCGGAACUUAUCUAUCUGCCUUUGCAUGGCGAGUGCAUUCAUAUAUACUUUGUUAGUGGUCAAAUGGACUUGAUAGUUUGCACGC